AUCGAAUAAUCUCAUCAAAAUCUGAAACAUCCAGUUGUAGAAUGCUGGCAUAUUAAACAUAUCGCUUCUAUAUGCAAUUUGGAUCAUAGUCCUAACAAUAUUUUUGUUUUCUUAAAUCUGCGAAGAUGGUCCGCUACUCUCUUGACCCCGAGAAUCCAACCAAGUCAUGCAAGUCUAGGGGUUCCAAUCUCCGUGUUCACUUCAAGAACACCCGUGAGACAGCUCAGGCCAUCAAGGGCAUGCACAUCCGCAAGGCCACCAAGUACCUGAAGGAUGUCACCAUCAAGCAUCAGUGUGUACCCUUCCGCCGUUACAGCGGUGGUGUCGGCAGGUGUGCCCAGGCUAAGCAGUUCGGCUGGACACAGGGUCGCUGGCCCAAGAAAAGCGCAGAGUUCCUGCUGCACAUGCUCAAGAAUGCCGAGAGCAACGCUGAGCUGAAGGGUCUGGAUGUGGACUCCCUGGUGAUCGAGCACAUCCAGGUGAACAAGGCCCCCAAGAUGCGCAGGCGUACCUACCGCGCCCACGGCCGCAUCAACCCCUACAUGAGCUCCCCGUGCCACAUCGAGAUGAUCCUCACAGAGAAGGAGCAGAUCGUGCCCAAGCCAGAAGAGGAGGUGGCCCAGAAGAAAAAGGUUUCUCAAAAGAAGCUGAAGAAGCAGAAACUGAUGGCACGGGAGUAAAUGUAUAUAAAAUAAAACCAUUCGUACCCAAA